AAUUACACAAGGGAAAAGCACAAAGAGAGUGUUAUGUAAUGGCAAAAUAGCCACGUCAUCACUUGUUUACCUUUCCCUUUCUUCAAUAAAAAAUGACACCUCUUUUGAAUCAAAUUUCUUAUACAAAAAACUCUGAAUAUUUACUCAACUGGAUCGUAGGUGUAAGUGACUGCCUUUUGGAAUAUACUCAUUGAUGUUGCACGUAAGCUGGGGUGUACGCUUCUACUGAAAAAUUGGAACAAAGCUUAAUUGCAAUAGAUUUAAGUAUUGGAGCCUCAAAAAUGUCGAGCGGAGAUGGACGAAAAGUCUCUUGUGAAGAUAUACAAAUGGUGCAAAAUCGGAUAGAGCAGUGUCUUCGGCAAUACAUGAGUCGGAAAGAAGUUGUGAACACACUCUUCAUCCAGGACAACAUAGAGCCUAGAUUUACUGAACUUGUUUGGCAGAAACUAGAAGAAGAAAAUCAGGAUUUUUUUCAAGCAUAUUACCUGAAGCUGAUGGUGAAAGAGCAAAUAAUUGAAUUCAACAGGUUGCUGUCAGAACAGGUGAAGAUGACACAGCAAGUUCCAAGUGCAAUUUCUUCUCUACCUAUGUCUAAUGGGUGUAAUAUUUCGCCAAUGCAUCAAAAUUCAACUUGCCGUGCUGCCGAAAAUGUUGGAACUGCUGCAAAGCCUAAUGGCAUGCAUGAAUCUGUACAUGCAGAUAGACCCAAUGCAUUCAGUAACAGCAGCUCGUCUGUUCUCUCUUGCAUGCAAACAGCAAUUGAUAUUCCUUCUCAAAGCAGGAAAAUUGACGUUCCUCCUAAUAUGUAUUUGGGCCAGCCCUCUAACAUGGGGAUGAGACAGACAAUGGACGGGAGGAUUAUUAAGACAGAACCUGUCUAUGGCGGCAAUUCUCCAUUUGCCUUUGGUCCUCAUGGCAGUUACUUGGAGUCACAUUCUGCAAUGGGCGAUGCAUCUGUUUCGUCAUUUAGUAGUGUGGAGUCGAACACACAACCUCUUAAUGAACCUCUUCUGGAUGCUGACACCAAUUCCUUUGGAUUUUUAGGAGAAAUAUCUCAAAAUUUUGGUUUCUCAGACUUGACUGCUGAUUUCACUAAUAGUUCUGAUAUAUUGGAGAGCUACUCUAGGACUCCCUUUCUAGCAACAGAUACAGGCAACUUGCUUGAUUCAAAUGGAGGCAUUGAGAGGUUAACCAAUGCAUCAGAGAGCUUGAGAUAUACUAAUUUCACUCCAGAUUGAUUGUGUAUAGAUUUGAUCAAACACACACGAUAAUAGGUUUUGUAUAUGCUGCUCAAGUGGUUUAGGAUAUUUGGAUUCUCUGGUAUUGUAGGCUUGAUGUUUUCAUGGUGAAUAAUUCAAACAUGAUAGAUUUCAGUAGAGAUCUUGUACAAAGAGUUGAAUGUGAUUUAGAACAUUGUUAUUUUAGCCACGUAUAAGCAUACUGUCUGAUUUUUAGUGUAACUAUGGAAACAGUGAUGAAGUUUAGUGCAUAUUGGACCAGGGAUAUUUCAGCUUUU